UUGGGUCUUUGGGCCUCCACCAGACUGAGUGACUACCCAAAAUAACGGUUUUUAUGGCCCACUAACAAUCUGGGAGAGUACGACCGACACGUCGUUGGAAGGUGGUGGGCCAGAUGACGUGGAUGAGAAGUUGGCGGGAAAAUUUCCCGCCAAAGAAACAACAGAUGGGGGAUGGGGGUAUUAGUGGUUACUCCCACUGAGGUGGAGGCCAAAAAAAAAGAGAGGAGUGAGUAGGGCACAAUUGGAUUUCUGAAAAAUUGCAAAGAAAUGGCGGGGAACUCUAGUAAUCCAGCGUCGACCCCAGAAUCGCCGACGUCGGGUGGGGCUUUCAACACGGAUCAGUUGCCAUUCACCAGCCGCACCUCCGAUCACUUCCCAUCCUCCUCCGAUGACGAUGAGGCUGCCGUCGACCCCCAAAUCAUACGAGACGAACCUGAUGAUAUCCUCGAGGAAGAAGAGGAAGGAGAAGAUCUCUACAACGACAAUUUCAUGGACGAUUAUCGGCAGAUGAAUGGUCAGGACCACUACGAAUCGGUUGGGCUGGAUGACUCCCUUGAGGACCAAAGGGAUUUGAGUCAGAUCAUGGCCGAUCGCAGGGCCGCCGAAAUGGAGCUCGAUAACCGAGAUGAUGUUCGCCUUACCUCCCGCAAGCUCCCUCAGCUUCUUCACGAUCAAGACACUGAUGAUGACAAUUACAGGCCUUCAAAAAGAUCUCGGGCCGAUUUGAGGCCUCCACCUCCUCCUCCUGCGGCGGCACCUAGGAGCUACGAUGACAUGGAUGGAAUGCAAAGUUCACCAGGCAGGUCACAGCGGGGUGAUUUUCCCACUACUGAUCAAACCGAUGACGAGCACUUCGAGGAUGAAGAUGACGAGGAGGGCGAGUUUGAGAUGUAUCGUGUUCAGGGUACACUUAGAGAGUGGGUUACUAGAGACGAAGUUCGUCGUUUUAUAGCCAAGAAGUUCAAGGAAUUUCUACUCACAUACGUCAAUCCCAAAAAUGAACAUGCUGACUUUGAAUACGUGCGUCUCAUUAAUGAGAUGGUCUCAGCCAACAAGUGUAGCCUGGAGAUUGAUUACAAGCAAUUUAUCUAUAUACAUCCCAAUAUUGCAAUUUGGUUGGCUGAUGCCCCACAAUCAGUUUUAGAAGUUAUGGAAGAUGUUGCCAAGAAUGUUGUCUUUAAUUUACAUCCAAACUACAAAAACAUCCAUCAGAAGAUUUAUGUUCGAAUUACCAACUUACCGGUAUAUGAUCAAAUUCGGAACAUUAGGCAGAUUCAUUUGAAUACGAUGAUCCGCAUCGGGGGAGUUGUGACCAGACGUUCUGGAGUCUUUCCCCAGUUGCAACAGGUAAAGUAUGACUGCAACAAAUGUGGGACAAUCUUGGGGCCCUUUUUUCAGAAUUCGUACUCCGAAGUCAAGGUUGGUUCUUGCCCUGAAUGUCAAUCAAAAGGACCAUUUACUGUCAAUAUUGAGCAGACUAUAUAUAGGAAUUACCAAAAGCUUACUCUCCAAGAGAGCCCGGGAAUUGUGCCUGCAGGUCGGCUUCCAAGAUACAAGGAAGUGAUACUGUUGAAUGAUCUGAUUGAUUGUGCUCGCCCUGGGGAAGAGAUAGAGGUCACAGGAAUUUACACGAAUAAUUUUGACUUGUCUUUGAACACAAAGAAUGGCUUUCCUGUAUUUGCAACUGUAGUUGAGGCAAACCAUGUGACAAAGAAACAGGACCUCUUUUCUGCUUACAAACUUACCCAAGAAGACAAAGAAGAGAUUGAAAAGUUGGCUAAAGACCCCAGAAUAGGAGAAAGGAUUGUCAAGUCUAUUGCUCCAUCUAUCUAUGGCCAUGAGGACAUAAAAACCGCAAUAGCCCUUGCUAUGUUUGGAGGCCAAGAGAAGAAUGUAGUUGGGAAGCAUAGGCUCCGAGGAGAUAUAAAUGUACUUCUUCUUGGUGACCCGGGUACAGCCAAAUCGCAAUUUCUCAAGUACGUUGAAAAGACUGGACAAAGGGCUGUUUAUACUACUGGUAAAGGGGCUUCUGCUGUUGGGCUUACAGCAGCAGUGCACAAGGACCCAGUCACAAGGGAGUGGACGCUUGAAGGAGGAGCACUUGUUCUAGCAGACAAAGGAAUAUGUCUUAUUGAUGAAUUUGACAAAAUGAAUGAUCAAGACAGGGUGAGUAUACAUGAGGCCAUGGAGCAGCAGAGUAUUAGUAUAUCAAAGGCCGGAAUUGUCACUUCUCUUCAAGCACGCUGCUCUGUUAUUGCUGCUGCAAAUCCUAUUGGAGGAAGAUAUGAUUCCUCAAAAGCAUUUUCACAAAAUGUUGAGUUAACAGAUCCCAUCAUCUCCCGGUUUGACAUCCUAUGUGUUGUUAAGGAUGUAGUGGAUCCUGUUACAGAUGAAAUGCUUGCGAAAUUUGUAGUUGAUAGUCAUUUCAAGUCGCAACCCAAGGGAGGUCACUUGGAUGAGAAGUCCUUAAAUGAAUCCCAAGAAGAUGUGCAAGGCUCCUCCAACCCAGUAGAUAAUGAGAUUCUUCCUCAAGAUUUACUAAAGAAAUAUAUUACUUAUGCCAAACUGAAUGUAUUCCCGAGGUUGCACGAAGCUGAUAUGGAGAAGCUCACUCAUGUUUAUGUUGAUCUGCGGGAAAAAUCCAAUCAUGGACAAGGAGUCCAUAUAGCAGUAAGGCACUUAGAGUCCAUGAUACGAAUGUCUGAAGCGCAUGCAAGAAUGCACCUCAGACAGCAUGUCACACAAGAAGAUGCAGACAUGGCAAUUCGAGUUUUACUCGAUUCAUUCAUCUCAACACAAAAAUUUGGAGUACAGAAAGCUCUACAGAAGACCUUCAGAAAGUACAUGACUUUCAAGAAGGAUUACAAUGAGCUGCUCCUAUAUCUUCUUCGUGAGCUUGUGAAGAAUGCACUGCACUUUGAAGAGAUUGUUUCUUCUGGGUCUACUGCAGGGCGUACCCAUAUUGAUGUGAAAGUAGAAGAUUUGGAAAACAAGGCACAAGAACACGAGAUCUACGAUUUAAAGCCCUUCUUUACUAGCACCCUAUUUUCAAGAGCAAAUUUUGUUCUGGACGAACAGCUUGGAGUAAUAAGGCAUCGUCUUGCAAGAUGAUGUCCGAAUAUGUAAUUGGGAUGUUGAAUGGCUUAUUUAAGUCGAACACGAACUAUAAUAUUUAGGAGACUUUAGAAUUGCAUAGAGAUUAAUUAGAUUUGCUCAUGAUGUUCUUUA